UCGGCAGAUUAUUUAUAUUAUUUUUAAACAAUUUAUAACUAUUAAAUUGUAUUAAAAACCAAUAAUUGUUAAUUUAAAAGUUUUCUUUAGUUUUGCUGGAAUAGAGUUGCAAAAUGAAAAUCAAAGAGUUACAAAAGACUGUUAACAUUGCUUGGUCACCGUUGCCGCAACAUCCCAUUUAUCUGGCAGCCGGUACUGCAGCCCAGCAAUUCGAUUCCAAUGUUAAUUCUAGCUUGGAAAUAUAUUCGACCAAUUUUAGCGAUCCCAGUUAUGAUUUGGAGCUUAAAGCCUCAGUGCCCAGUCAGUAUAGAUUCCAAAAACUGAUCUGGAGCCCUACGGGCUUUGGUAGCACUCAUGAUAAUGGUUUAAUUGUGGGUGGUUGUGAGGGUGGUCAUGUUAUGAUUUAUUCUCCAGCCAAAAUGUUGGCUAAUGAGGAGGGUCUUAUAGCACGCCAGGAUAAACAUACUGGACCGGUUAGUGGUUUGGACUUUAAUCCCUUUCAAACGAAUCUCUUGGCUUCCUGUGCUUCCGAAUCGGAAAUUUUCAUUUGGGAUCUUAACAACACCACCACCCACAUGAAUCCCGGCACUAAGACCCAACCCUUUGAAGAUGUCAAAAAUGUGUCGUGGAAUCGUCAGGUGCAACAUAUUUUGGCUUCUGUAUUUAGUUCUCGUUGUGUUAUCUGGGAUUUGCGUAAAAGUGAACAAAUUAUCAAAUUAUCCGAUACACAAUCUCGUGUACGUUGGCAUGCCAUACAAUGGCAUCCGGAAGUUGCUACCCAGGUGUGGUUAGGUUCGGAAGAUGAUCAGGCACCUGUGGUACAACUAUGGGAUUUACGUUAUGCCACUGCUCCUGCUAAAACUAUGCAAAUACAUCAACGCGGCAUGUUGGGCAUGUCCUGGUGUCCACGUGAUAUUGAUUUAAUGGUUUCUUGCGGUAAAGACAAUCGCAUAUUCUGUUGGAAUCCCAAUACUCAAGCCUCAGAAGGUGAAAUUCUAUCCGAAGUGGCUACCACAGCUACUUGGUAUUCAGAUGUACAAUGGUGUCCCAGAAAUCCAGCUCUUAUAGCCAGUUCCAGUUUGGAUGGUAAUGUUUCCAUAUAUUCUUUAUUCGGUGGUGUUCAGCAACAAGUACAGACUGCCAAUAAAAUUGCCGAUUCUUUUCCCGGCAUGGAUCAAUUUGCUCAGGCUCCUAUGCCUCAACAAACAGCUCCUAUUGUUUAUCAUGAUUUGAAAUAUGCUCCUAAAUGGAUUAAGAAACCUUGCGGUGUUACAUUUGGAUUUGGUGGCAAAUUGGUUUCAUUCAAUAAUAAAUCUAAAACUAUCAAUAUUUCUCAAGUUACCACUGAACCUGUUUUAGUGGAGAAGGCUAAAGCAUUGGAAAAAUCUCUUAGUGAAGCCAAUUUUAUAGAAUAUUGUCGUCAAAAAGCCGAUGAAAUGACUGAUCAAAAUGGCCGUUAUUUAUGGUAUUUCAUUAAAGCAAAUUUUGAACGUAAUCCUAAAGAAGAAAUACUUAAUUUAUUAGGUUUCAACAAAGAAGAUAUUGAUAGUAAAUUUUCAAAAUAUGUACCCGAAGAAGAGACUGCACAGCAAAAUCAAGAUUUGGAUCAAUUAAACAAUCGUAUGGCUCAGUUAACACAUAGUGAUUCAACGGAUGUUGAAUGUGAUCAAAGUACUGAUGGCAGCACAAAUAGUUAUACGCAACAGUUUGAUAAUACUGUAUUUGAUGGCAUAGCUGCUGCCCAAAAGGAUCUAAAUAAUAGUGAAGCUGUUGAGAAACCUUUGCCACAAUUUAAAAUACCUAAUGGGGAACGUAAGUUUAAAAAAUUUCGAAAAUUUAAGAACAAUUUAUAUUCCAAACAAUACUUGAGCUGUUUCAAUUGGGGCUACUCCUGGCAAAAUAUGUUUUUCUUCUCCCAGACAAAAAAUGAAAUGUCUGCUCAACAUGCGGGCACCCGCAAAUGGCAAAAGAUUAUAAAUCAUGAAAAGAAAGACUCUACAGUUGUUAACAAUAAUAAUCUAUAUAAUGAUUUUAAUUUAUUAAGUGCAAAUUUAAGCAAUGAUUUCAAUACUUCUACUUCUACUUCUACUACUACUUCUAAUAAUAUUCAAAACUCUUCACUUUAUCAGCCUAAAAAAGUUGAAAACACCACAACUGCUGCCGCUCCCAUUACUCAUCCUUUGUUUGGUGUUGAUCCAAAUCAAAAUCAAAAUGGUUAUAUGGAUCCUAAUGCUCAUUAUCAACAAUCUGGUAUGCCACCACCAACUUCUCAAACUGGUCUACCACCACAAGCAAACAUUUUAAAUCCACAACAACCACCCAUGAUGGCGGGCGGCUCGUAUUAUAAUCCUGCUAAUCAAAUGCAAAAUAAUAAUUUACCCCAACAACCCAUGAAUUUUCAGACAUCAGCUAUUCCCUCUCAGCAGCAACAACAACAGAUACCAGCUUGGCAAAAUCAACCUACUCAGCCGGGCAUGAUGGGUGGUUAUCAGGAGCAAGCGACACAGCCUCAGACACAUAGACAACCAGAACCGCCUAAGGAGAAGCCACCACUACCAGAAGAAUACAUUUAUUUGCAGACUGUACUCGAAGAGCUAAAGACAAACUGUUUGAAUGCUGCCAAUGAUCCGCGUACUAAACGUAAAUUUGUGGAUGUCAAUAAGCGUUUGGAAAAUCUCUAUGACUGUCUGAGAGAUGGACGUCUUAAUCCCGCUACAAUUGAAGCAUUAAAUCAAAUCAUACAAUUUCUACAAAUCGGUGACUAUGGCAAUGCUUUGCAGGUUCAUACCCAAAUCGCUUUCGGUUCGGACUUUUCACAAUGUGCUGGUUUUAUGCCGGGCCUGAAGGUACUCAUACAAUCGGCCAACGAAUUACAAGUAUAUUUACGAUAGAUUGUAAAACUUGUCACGCAACUAAUAUCAACAAAAAUUAACCUUCUACUAACUAAACUAUAAAAAUUAAAAAAAAAAAAUUACAAAUAAUUUUGCAAUAUUAUUCCAUUAUCGUUAUAGAUUUAAUAUGACUUUUUUCCAUAUUUUUUGUUUAAUUUGCAUUUUUAUGUUUGUCUUGUCGUUUAUUAUUAUUUCUUUUAGUUUUUGGUAAUUAUUUACACUGCUAGCAGUGUGUUAAAAGUAAAAUAUUGCUUUAAUUAUUCUAAUUUUGUGUAAUUUUUUUGUUUGAUUUAACUGUAAACAUUUGAUUAAUUACGAAAGUGCUUCAUUUAUCCACAUUUCUAGAGUUUGGUUAUCUUAAACAAUUUUAAAAUGCAAUUAUGUUUUAAACAAUUAACAGUUACAUAUGUAAACGAGAAAUAAAUAAAAUAAUAAAAUGUAGUUAUUAUAAAAUAGGAA